CGACAAGCUGAUUCCCAGCCUGGUGAAGUAUUAUUACUCCUGGAAGAAAACACGGAGCCGCACCAGCGUGAUGGACCGCCAGGCCCGGCGUCUGCUGGGCCGCAAGGAGCGUGAUGACAGCAACGAUGAGCUGGAUGAACCUCGCCUCGCCAACGAGGGCGAAGCGGAGGCGAUCGACCCCAAAAAGGAGACGUUUCACCCCAAAAACGGUGCCGGGGGGGGGCGGAAGGAGGUGCAGUACCGUCAUCACCCCCCCAGGCAAAGGAGGAGACCCCCCCGGGGGAUGCAUCUGAGCCGGGAGGACGUGGAGGGGGUCAGCGCCAACCCCGAGCUGGGGGCUGCGGCGCUGAGGCAGCUGGACUGCCAGCUGGUGGCCCUCAAACGGCAGGUGGGGGGGGGGCUUAU